AUUUGUCCGAAUUGCAGCCCACUCUGCGAUUUUCUGGCGAUUCCAAAUCCACCUGCUCGUGACUCGCGAGCUUCACUGGCUCCCUCUCUCACUCUCUCUCUCCGGCAAACCACCUCCGAGCUUCCCCCACAAACCCUAAUUUUCCCAAUCCCCAAAUCCCUCCGAUUCUGUAACCCCACCUUUCAAUUCAACCUUCCCGCCGCCGAUUCACCGUCGUCAACCUCCGCAAUGGCAUUUAUCGCUUGCUAGGGUUUCCUAGAUCGAUCCGGUCACUCUCCGAAAGCGCACUGCAUCCCUACCUCACCAACCUAAUCAAAUUCGUACUUAUGGCUAUCCGCGUAACCCUCAGCUUCUCCGGCUAUGUGGCCCAAAACCUAGCAUCCUCGGCAAGCCUCCGCGCGGGGAACUGCCGAGGAUUUCAGGAAUGCUGGGUUCGGUCUCGGGUAUUCGGAUCCAACCAGAAGCCCGAUCUCGACCCCGCCGUCCCCGUCCGCAAUUACCAGACCCAAUUUUCCCGCUCGAAGCAUUCGACGGCUGCCGUUAAGCCCUUGCCGUCAUUGUACACCGCUCUCGCCGAGGAGAUUCUGGGCGAGAGCUGCAAGAGCCCGAUCGUGCUGGGCUUGAUCUCGCUUCUGAAGUCAACGGCUAUCGCCACCGGCGUCUCUUCGGCUCCGGCCUCUUUGGGGAUUUCGCCGUUUAAAUCCGGUUCGGUCAUGCCCUUUUUACAGGUCUCAAAGUGGUUGCCCUGCAACGAGUCCGUCCCGGUGUCGAUAAUGAAGGAAGUGGAUAAAGGUGGAACGUUGUGUGUCGAUGACGUUGCAGAAGCCUCGCAGCUCUCCAAGAAAGACAUGGGCAGGACCGGGUUUUUGUCGCGGUUGUUGAAUUAUUGCUCGGAGGACGCUAAGGCUGUGUUCACUGCUGUUACAGUCAGUGUAUUGUUUAAGUCUUUCUUGGCUGAGCCCCGAUCAAUUCCCUCCACUUCAAUGUACCCUACUCUCGAUGUUGGCGAUCGCGUUUUGGCGGAGAAGGUUUCAUAUUUCUUUAAAAAGCCUGAGGUUUCAGAUAUAGUAAUUUUCAAGGCACCUCCAAUCUUACAGGAAAUCGGUUAUAACUCAACCGAUGUAUUCAUCAAAAGAAUUGUAGCUAAGGCUGGAGAUUGUGUUGAGGUCCGCGAUGGGAAAUUGCUGAUCAAUGGUCUUGUUCAGAAUGAAAAUUACAUAUUGGAGCCGCUCGCUUAUGAAAUGGAUCCAGUGCUUAUUCCAGAAGGCUAUGUCUUCGUAAUGGGAGAUAAUCGCAACAACAGCUUUGACUCUCAUAAUUGGGGUCCACUUCCUGUCAAAAACAUUCUUGGCAGAUCAGUAUUUCGCUAUUGGCCUCCCUCCAAGGUGUCCAACACCAUGCUUGAACCACAAGGACCAAGUAACGCCGUUGCGAUUUCUUGUUCAGCUGCCAUGCAUGAGGUUUCAGCACCUGUGAGGAACCAAACAUCCGAAGGAAGGAGAGCAUUUAUCUGGAAAUACAGCACCUCUCGAGUCGGAUGCAGGCUUUGCUUGCUUCCUUUGAAGCGCAUCUCUGGGAGCGGCACACGAUCCCUUCGGCUUAAGUCAGUCGUUGACGAAUCAAAACAUACACAAAAGACGAUGAGGACCGGCGGCGCCACCGUCUCCCUCCUCCUCCUCCUCUACCUUCAGUUUCCACUUCAAUUCAUUCUCGCUUUCAAUUCUUCCUUUCUCAACGACGACACCCAGAUCCUGCAGGACGUGUUGAAGCAAAUCUCGGCCAAGCACAAGUGGGUUUUGCAGGACGUCAGGGUCUCGAGGCUGGAUGUGGACAGGGUCCGAUUCGGGAGCGCCCAGCGGUACGAGUUUCGGGUUGGAUUCGGGAAGAUCCACGUUGGCGUCUUGUUCUCGGACGACGUUGCCUCCUGGAAGAAGUUCAGGAAACCCAGAACCCAUUUGGGCUCUCUCGUUCAGGACCUCAGCUCCAUGGCGGUUGUCGACACCUUCGAAGUGGAGGGUCCGUUUGAGUUGCGGGUCGGCGGCGCUCACGAGCUCUCGCUUUCAUUGCAGAUGAACGCUACAUAUAGUGGGUUGAAAAGGAUUCUUGUUGGUGAAGGCAUAACUGUGGAGGUAAGCAGAGCGAUCGAAGUCUCUGUGUUUCAUGCGUCUGAUCUUGGUUUAUCAGCAAAUGGCAGUGGUGCUGUUAAGAAGGAGAGAAGUGAGUUUUGGCCCAUUGGGCAUUCAUACUGUGCACCAUUAGUUCCAAUUCGUGUUUUAGGGCCAGCAACGUUGGUUGCAUACAAGACUCGAAAUCAUGAUGCCCACAUUGAAACUAAUUUUAUAUCCAAGGAGAUAGUUGAAUUGUUGCCAGAGAAGUGCUACAGAAGUCAAGCAUACAAGAAGCGGCCUUGCCCCAUUGGUUCUUUAAGUUUGAGGAUCUCUAUGCUGGAAAGGAUUUGGAAAGGCUUUCUUGGGGAUAGAAUUCGCCAGAACCAUUCGUCGGGAUUUGUUGAAGGAAAAAUCAAAGCCUCAACUAUUGUCCGCUUCAAGGUUGAGCUGGAAAGGGUUUUUCGGAGGAUUGGUGAGCUCCAUGAAAAGGAAAGGUGGAGAACUAGGCCAGCUGUUGAACGGGUUUGGUUUGAAGUUUUGGCGAGAGUUGAGUUAGAGAGGGUUAAGCCUCUCUUUGUUAAAAAGAUUAGGCCCUUCGUUGUAGCCGAUUCAGUUGCGUGGAGUAGUUUGACGUCAAAUAUUUCCUUUACCAAGUUCGGAUCUGUCCUUGUCCCUCCAGAGGCUUUGACACUGGAUGUGAAGUGGUAGAGUAAACUUGUUGUAAAGCAUUCUUGUUUGAGAAUGUUUUGCAGAUUAAGGCGACAACGCGUUGUUUGUGCCCUUUCGCUUCUUCUAUAAGAUGGAUGAAACAGUACAUGUCAAUUGUUAGGUAACACGCUCGAUUGCUCCUGUAAAUAAAUUGUUAAUUAAGAACAAACGUUAUACAGAUUGAUGACUUGAUACUAGUAUGAUCUUAUUUUGCUUUCAACUAUAUAAUCUGAUAGAGUCAGGAUUUUUGGUGGAUUGUUGCCUCUCCGAUCGCUUGAGUCUCAUUUUCAUUGCAUAAUCUUUUUCCUUGAUGAGUUUUCGGUUUCGGUUUCA